GUGAGCGAUGUUUUUCGAUCUUACCCGGCACGCGGUUCACGAAUAACGCAGAAUGUAUAUUAACUUGAUAAGACGCACCGGCGCGAGUAGAAUUCUUUCCAAACAUUUUGUGAAACAUUCGCUCCGACAACUGUCCAGUGCAGAUGGAAAAUCGUGCGUCGGGAGUCGUCACAGUAUUACGAAAAGAUUUCGUAAUCGAGAGCUGCUGAUACCUGGUACCGGCAAUCAAUGGGUCGGUGGAACCACUGCGCGGUACGCGAGUAGUAAAAGUACCACCAGCGAUGUGGCAAACGAGGAGAAAGUUGCGAAACAGUCCAAGCUUAAGCUGCAAUCCACGGAUGUGAAGCGUUUGCUCGGUUUUGCGAAAUCCGAACGAUGGAACAUUGCAGGCGGUGUUGGUUGUUUGAUCAUUUCCUCCGUGAUCACAAUGUCCGUCCCGUUCGGGCUCGGGAAGAUCCUCGAUAUCAUCUAUUCCAGCUCGGCCGAAACGGGAAUGGCAAAGGAGAAGUUGGAUCAGUUUUGCCUGAUUUUGGGUGGCAUAUUCCUGCUCGGCGGGAUAGCCAACUUCGGGCGAGUCUACCUUUUCAGUAAUGCCUCGCUACGAAUAACGAAAGAUAUUCGCGCCAAAGUGUACAGCUCCAUGCUGAACCAGGAAGCCGGUUGGUUCGACCGAAAGGGCACCGGGGAGCUGGUGAAUCGCCUCUCGUCCGACACGUACCUGGUGGGAAACUCGCUGAGCAUGAACCUCUCCGAUGGACUGCGAUCGACGGCGAUGAUAAUGGCCGGCACUGGGAUGAUGAUCUACACCUCGCCCCAUCUGGCGCUGGUCGGGAUGUGUAUCGUGCCUUGCGUGGCGGGCGGUGCGGUAGUGUACGGCCGGUACGUACGCAACAUCACCCGAGAGCUGAUGGACAAGUAUGCCGACAUUAUGAAGAUCGGUGAGGAGCGUCUGGGCAACGUUAAGACGGUGAAGGUAUUCUGCAAGGAACGGUUCGAGAAGCAACUGUUCUCCGAACAGCUGAUCGACGCACUUAACAUUGGCUACCGGGAGACGAAAGCGCGGGCUUCGUUUUACGGAAUGACGGGCCUUUCGGGGAACAUUAUCAUUCUCUCGGUGCUCUAUUACGGUGGUACAAUGGUGAACAAUUCGGAAAUGACAAUCGGAGCUCUCACAUCGUUUAUUCUGUACGCCGGUUACACUGCCAUCUCGAUAGGAGGCCUAAGCAAUUUCUACACCGAACUAAACAAGGGUGUCGGAUCGGCGAGCCGUUUGUGGGAGAUUAUAGACCGGAAGUAUACGAUCCCGAUCGAUGGUGGAAUCGAGCUGUCUAAACCUCCAGCGGGACAGAUUCAUUUUCGUGAUGUGGUGUUCCACUACCCUUCCCGGCCGGACGCUGCCAUUUUGAACGGUGUUAAUUUAUCCAUUGAACCGGGCACCUCAACCGCGGUCGUCGGUCGCAGCGGUUCCGGAAAAUCCACUAUCGCUUCGCUAAUGUUGAGGCUAUACGAUCCCGCAGGAGGUUCGGUGUUACUCGAUGGAGUUGACUUGCGGGACAUGAACCCGUCUUCCCUUCGUCGUUACAUUGGUGCCGUGAAUCAAGAACCGGUCCUGUUCAGUGGCACCAUCCGUGAGAACAUCCUGUACGGGUUGAACAUGGGUGAGAAAAUUUCCGAGAGCGACUUCGAGCGCGUGGUUCGGGAGGCGCACGUGGACGAGUUCGUGCGGAACUUCCCGGACGGCCUGAACACGCUCGUUGGGCAACGGGGUGUCAUGCUAAGCGGUGGCCAGAAGCAGCGCGUUGCGAUCGCCCGUGCUAUCAUUAGGAACCCUAAAAUCCUUAUCCUGGACGAAGCGACCAGUGCGCUGGAUGCCGUAUCGGAGGAGCUGAUUCAGAGUGCGCUCGAGCGGUUAACGCAAAACCGGACCGUUCUUACGAUCGCACACCGGCUUAGCACCAUCCGGAAUGCGACCAAUAUUGCCGUACUGCAGGACGGUCGAAUUGUCGAGCACGGAAACUACGACCGACUAAUGGCGACCGAGGGAGGCAUCUUCCGGGAGCUGGUGCAACGGCAGACGUUUAGCUCCACGGCCGUCAGCUAGGGGAUCGACAAAAUGGGUAGCUUUCGUGCGUGUGUCCUAGGGCACCGAAAGCGCUCGAGGUAUUUUCCGUUUGAUCGUCGCUUUACUUCAGUGAAGCCUUUUUGUUAUUGCUUGUUUUUUAUAGACAAUUUUUUCUUAGGCACAGGAUGUAUUUUAGCGGGUGGAAAUGGAUUGUACAAUGAAACACUCUGA